GGUUUUCAUGGCGAUGUUACAAGUGAAAGGAUAGUAUGAAUAUCUUGUUAUAGCUCUAAACAAACGGUAGGCGAGACAAGUAGAAGAGUUUAGCUGCGAGCAUGUUGUACUCAGUUUAACAUGAAAAGUGGAUGAAAGAAGACAAAUAAGAAAAAAAUUCAGAAGACACACCCAGUGGGACUCGAACCCACAAUCGCUUGAUUAGAAGUCAAGCGCCUUAUCCAUUAGGCCAUGGGUGCUUGUUGAUCUUCAUUCCCAUUAAAUCUUGUGAUUAGGUAAGUGUUUCUAUAUUGCUCUCUCAAAAAGCAAAACAUAUCUAACCGGGAAAAAGUAAAGUAAGCUGGAAAGAAGCAGAGAGAGAUCCCUGAAGUAAACCCUGUUUCCCUUCAAAGUAUCUCCACUAUCUCUCAUCCUCUUCCACUCUGACACUCAACUUCCACACUUUUAUCUUUCUUUAGUCAGGUAUAAGAAAAAAGAAAAGGAAACCAUUUGUUCUUGUUCUUGAUUUUCCGAUGGAAGUUCCACGCCGCUCUUUGGCUGCUUCCCUCUCUCCUCUCCGCCUCAUCGAUGGUCUCCCUCGCCGGAGGAGUUUUAAUUAUAACCAGAUGCCUGAGGAGCCCAUCAAACUCACUGUUCUCAAACUUGAUGGAUCUUCCUUUGGUAUUGAAGUAUUGAAGACAGCUACAGUAGGUGAGCUCAAGAUGGCUGUAGAAGCUGCGUUUUCUCACUUGCCCAUCACUGGCGUUGGCAAGGUCUCAUGGCCGCAUGUUUGGGCACAGUUCUGCUUAUCCUAUGGAGAUCAAAGACUGCUCAACGAGGCUGACUACCUCAUUGAGUUUGGCAUCAAAGACGGAGAUCAGCUUAGGUUCAUCCGCCAUAUAUCAAACUACUGCACCAUGAUGGUGAACCAUAAGAGCAAGAAGACACCACAUGUUUCUUCUUUGAAACAACUCAAACUACCAUCUAGGUUCUCUCUUAAACCCGAAACCUGGAAAAAGAAAGGAGCACAAGGACAAGAAGAUGGUGUUGACUCAGUCACCAAGACACAACCAAGCUUUCUAUCGACUGUAUUGGGAGGUUGGCUCUCUUACAAGUCAACACCAAGUCGGUCUAAACACAGAAACGUGACUGCUUCUACUUCGAGUCACCUCAGAGCUUUUAACAACAUCAUCGCAAGGUUUCGUUUCAAGUGUUACUCGGAGAAAGAUGUCUGGAACAGGAAAAAACUCAUCUCUGAAAACAUGAAAUAAUACUCAUUACUAUCUGUCUGCUUCUGAUUUGGUUCUUGUAGAGAUUUUGAUUUCCCAGUGUUCAUGUUUAUAUGUAAGAAACAAAUCAUAAGACAAGUCUGUGGUUUUAUAAAAGAUGAUGUUAUAUG